AUGGCAACUUCUGGAUACUCGGAAGACCUCCAGCCUCAGCAGACCAACACGGUAACCAUAGCAACGCCGGCUUCCACCACACCCUCAUCAGCAAAGACAGCGGCACACUUCCUGGCUGGACUACCAUUAACCUCUGGAAGCAUUGCAUCUGCUAACCAAUCAGCCAAAACUGGACAGGAUGCACUUUCUUCCCAAGCACCACCUACCCAGGCUCAGAGCCAGAAGGCAGCCGUUUUAGCGGCUCCAGCACGGCACUACAUAAACCCUGAAAUCCAGCACACUGGGGCCCAGAAGAGUAAUGGUCAAAGUACCUCACCACAGUACAUCAUAGUGACAGUUACAGAGGGCUCUGCUCAUUCCAAUGACAGUCUGUCAGAUUCCAGCUCACCAGCCCCUGGAGUGCCUACACAGGUGGUCCAGCCGGUGCAGACCACCACUCAGCAGAGAUCAGUCUUGCAAACGGUGUCACAGGCUGGCAAGAGAAUUCAGUCAGGGCACGUCAACAACCUGCAGUCUGUGCACAUCAACCAGGAGGUGGAGCAAGUAUAUUCUGGCCAAGUACAGUAUGUGGAUGGCGGCGGCACCGACAACGCGUUCAAUACAUCUGCUAUCCGAACAGGCAGCUACUCUUUCUCCGACUCCCCCCUCUACUCUCAGACCCCUCCGGCUUCCUCUUCCUCCAACUUCUACGAAGCCACAUCCAGCUCAGAGUCCGACAUCAGCGCCUCGGUGACGUCGCAGACUCUCUCCUCGUCUGUGGGGGCGGCAGGUGCCACAAGUGGGGGCAACUCUGCCAGUGGGGCGGGUUAUGUCAUUCAGGGGGCUUAUUUAUUAGGAGGCGGGGCAGGAACCGGAGGAGGAGGACAGAGCUACUCCAGCCCCAAUUCACGUGCCCCUCCAGCCACUGUGCAGUGGCUGUGUGACAACUACGAGGGUGCAGAAGGAGUUAGUUUACCCCGCUGCACCCUGUACUACCAUUACCUACUACACUGCCAAGAGCAGAAGCUGGAGCCGGUGAAUGCUGCUUCCUUUGGUAAACUCAUCAGGUCUGUCUUCAUGGGGCUCCGCACUCGAAGGCUUGGGACCCGGGGGAACUCAAAGUAUCACUACUAUGGACUCAGGAUCAAAUCUGGCUCCCCUCUGCUCAGACUCAUGGACGAGCAGCAGCACAUGGCAAUGCGGCAACAGCCUUUCUCACAGAAAAACAGGAUAAAGGCUGUUCAGAAAACAGAGGGGAUUACCAAUGGGACAUCAGGAGGGACGUCCCAGCAGCAGGCAGGAGUGGUUUGUGAUAUUUCUGCCCAAGUCCAGCAGUAUCAACAGUUCCUGGAAGCAUCCCGUCCACUGCCUGAUUUCACUGACAUGAAUCUGCAAGCUCGUAGCCUUCCUGAUGGUAUCUUGCCUGAACACCUCAAAGCCUUUCAGACUCUCUACAGGGAACACUGUGAGGCUGUUCUGGAUGUGAUGGUGAAUCUUCAGUUCACUCUUGUGGAGACGCUUUGGAAGUCUUUUUGGCGGUUCAGCCAAGGCGGUGACGCAGAAACUCUCAACCUCCACCACGAGUCGGAGAAACGUCUGCCUAAAUCGUGCCUGGUUCUGCUGUGUAAGUUCGAGCCUGUACUAAACUGGACCAGAGCGUGUGACAACCUGCUCUAUCAGACACUGGUGGAGAUCCUCAUCCCUGAUGUGCUCCGACCGAUUCCCAGUGCCUUAACCCAGGCCAUCCGUAAUUUUGCCAAAAGUCUGGAGAGCUGGCUGUCCGGCGCCCUAAUGAACAUCCCUGAAGAGAUGGUCCGCAUUAAGGUGGUGUGCGUAGGUUCUUUCUCCCAAACGCUGCGUCGCUAUACCAGCCUGAACCACCUGGCCCAGGCGGCCCGUGCCGUCCUCCAGAACUCGGCCCAGAUCAACCAGAUGUUGUCCGACCUCAACCGCGUGGAUUUCACCAACGUCCAGGAACAAGCAUCUUGGGUGUGUCAGUGUGAGGACCGCAUUGUCCAGCAGCUUGAGCAAGACUUUAAGAUGACCCUACAGCAGCAGAACUCUUUGGAGCAGUGGGCCUCAUGGUUGGAUGGCGUGGUUUCUCAGGUGCUCAAACCUUACGAGGCCAACCCUGUCGCCCUUCCAAAGGCUGCCAAGGUUUUCCUGCUGAACUGGUCCUUCUACAGUUCCAUGGUCAUCCGAGACUUGACCUUGCGAAGCGCUGCCAGUUUCGGAUCCUUUCACCUAAUCCGCUUACUCUACGAUGAGUACAUGUACUACCUGAUCGAGCACAGAGUAGCUCAGGCUAAAGGGGAGACCCCGGUUGCAGUUAUGGGAGAAUUUGCCAGCACCGUCAAGAGCCGAGCCACUCCGGACCUGGAGAAAGAUGAGACAGAGGAGGAUGAGGAUGAGGAGAGUGAGGAGGAGAGCGCCGAUCUGGUUUUGCAGUCCGGCUCUUUGAGCAUGCUGGAAGACAAGGAGCUUUUGGAGCCGCCAGCCAAGCAGCCUAGAACUGCUUUAAACCUGCACAAUCUGACAGAGACGCACAACACAUAG